AUGGCAAAGUUCUGGAGUGCCAAAUUUUUCAUGGCACUAGCUUUGUUAGGCUCUUUAGCUGGGACAGAGGUAGAGGCUCAGAACGUUCCACCAUUCCAGCCUCCUCCGUGGCAGAAACCCCAGGACCCUCAAGUUCCACCAUUCCAGCCUCCUCUGUGGCAGAAACCCCAGGACUCUCAAUUUCCACCAUUCCAGCCUCCUCCACUUCCAAAGCCCCAGAUCCCUCAUCCUCCACUGAACGAGCCUCCAAAGACCCAGAACCCUCCACCAUACCGACCUCCUCCACUGCAAAAUCCUCAACAGCCUCGACCUCCUCCACAGCAAAAUCCCCAGAACCCUCCGCCAUACCAGCCUCCUCCGUGGCAGAUUCCCAAGAAACAACCUCCGCCUCCACCGUACAUCCCUCCACCACAAACUCCCCAGCAACCUCGACCUCCUCCCCGGCCAUUGCCUCAAGGGCAGCAAGUCCCACCUUUUCCUCAAGUAUCCAAUGAUUACUUUCCCCAAAAACCAAAAGUCCCACAGACUCCAAAGGUGCCUCCGACGCUGCCACCUGUUCAGAGCUGUGAUGUGGAAAGAAGUGUGAGAGUCCCAUGCGGAACCACUGGUAUUUCAGGUGCUCAGUGUGAAUCCAUAAAAUGCUGCUUUGAUGGCAAUCAUUGCUACUUUGGAAAGGCAGUGACUGUCCAGUGCACUCGGGAUGCCCAAUUCGUUGUUGUUGUCGCCAAAGACGUUACUCUACCCCACCUUGACCUACAGACAACCUCGCUGGCAGCAGGUGGCCCUGGAUGUUCAUAUGUUGACUCCAAUUCAGCCUUUGCCAUAUAUCAGUUUCCUGUUACUGCCUGUGGCACCACCUUUAUGGAGGAGCCUGGUGUAAUAAUCUAUGAGAACAGAAUGACUUCCUCAUAUCAGGUGGGGGUUGGGCCUCGUGGAUCUAUUACCCGAGACAGUCACUUUGAGUACAUCGGCACCGAUGUUGAAACUGUGAUUGUAGAAAUCCUACCGUUACAAAAUCCCCCUCUGCCAGUUUCUGCUAUGGGACCCAUUCAUGUAGUCUUGAGGUUGGCCAAUGGACGAUGCCAUACAAAGGGUUGUAAUGAAUUGGAUGUGGCCUAUACUUCGUUCUAUACGGAAGCAGACUACCCUGUGACCAAAGUACUGAGGGAACCUGUGUACGUGGAGGUUCAGCUCCUCAAAAAGACAGAUCCGAUGCUUGUCCUGACUCUUGGUCGCUGUUGGGUAACCACAAGCCCUUUCCCUCACACCUUCCCCCAGUGGGACAUCCUGAUAGACGGAUGUCCAUACCGGGAUGAUAAUUACUUGUCCUCACUGGUACCAGUGAGUGCUAACUCUGGUCUGGACUUCCCCAGUCAUUACCGGCGUUUCGUUUUCAAAAUGUUCACCUUCGUGGGUUCCUCAGCAAAGGACCCCAGGGCAAUGGACCCACUGCAUGAAAAGCUGUACAUUCACUGUAGCACAGCCGUGUGUGUUAGCGGACAGUUUGUCAGCUGUGAGCCAGCAUGCCACAGGACAAAGAGAGAUGUCGAGGCUGAAGACCAGAUGACGAAUGAACCAAAGACUGUAGUUUCCUCCGGGCCACUGAUCAUGACUGCUCCUGAGCAGUUAACAGCUUGA